GUGUGUGUGUGCCUGUGGGGGUGUGGGGGUAUAUAAGCGGCUGUGCUCGGUGUGGGAGGAGCAGUGAGGGGAGAGGACGGCACAGGGCGCGAUGGCGGACAGUAUGGUUGUGUUCUGGGGCUCGGGGUCUCCGCCGUGUUGGCGAGUGAUGAUCGCGUUGGAGGAGAAGCUGCUGUCGGGAUAUCAGCGCAGACUCCUGUCCUUCGAGAAGCAGCAGCACAAGUCCAAAGAAGUGUUGGCGAUUAACCCGCGGGGACAGCUGCCCACCUUCCGCCACGGGGACGUGGUCCUGAACGAGUCGUACGGCGUCUGCAUCUAUCUGGAAAAUCAGUUCAAAUCCCAGGGCGCUGAGCUCAUCCCCAGCUGCCCAACUGAACAGGCUGGUGUUUUGCAGAGGAUGUUUGAGGUCCAGACUCUGCAGGAGAAGAUGGGCAUUGUCAUCUAUUACAAAUGGAGGGUUCCAGAGAAUGAGCAGCAUGACACUGCUGUGGAGCGGAAUAAAAAGGCAUUGUCUGUGGAGUUGAAGCUCUGGGAAGGAUAUAUGGAAAAGGCAUCCCCCGAACCGUACAUAAUGGGAAAGAAUUUCACAAUGGCUGAUGUAAUGCUGUUUCCACAAUUGGCCUAUGGUGUCCGCUUUGCGUUAUCACAAGAAAAGUACCCCAAACUGCUGGAAUACUACCACCGCUUGGAGAAGCGCCCAAGUAUCCAGGCCUCCUGGCCACCCCACUGGAAAGAGAGUGCUCCGACUUCAGACAUACUGAAGGACAUCUGAGCCUCAAACAUAUGGAAUCUCAAAUGCCUGUGUUUUCCCAAACUCUUUCGGUGCUGACCCCUGAAAAAUAACUUUCAAUGUUUUCCCUUUGUUUUGUUGCUUCCCCCCAAAAAAAUCUACAAUAUUUGUUAAUGCCCAGCACUAAGCUUCAUGUAUGUGAUUUUUUAAAAAACCUUUCACACAAAAGGGAAGGAUGGAUUGCUAUUGAUUUCCUGCUCCCUAAUCCAACUACUUUCAGUCAACAUGGGGGAGGUAGGCUGCCCCUGCCUAUCCUGAUUGGUACUUGCCGUGGUCAUCAAGUAAAAGUGAAAAGUCUGCCCAUUUUAAAAACUUCAUGGUAAUUUUAAGGAAUUUUUUUUUUCUUUGUUCAUUUGUUUUUGACUCGCCCGUUAUCCCUGUGGCAAACAAAGCGAUCUACAUCCAUGAGCUCCUCUAACUGCGGUAAUGAGAUUAGCUGGCUGAAGGGGGAAAUGCUCCCAGCCCUGACAACAGAUCAUUUGAAGUACAAUACAAGCUUGUGCCAGUUGUCCAUGUCGAUCCCUGCCAUACUGCAGCACUAUUAUGGAGCUGAUACUAAUUGAUAGAAUGUCUCCUGCCACCUUGUAAUACCUUCCUCUCCUUCCCAAUUUCAGGUUCCUUUGAAUGUUCUCUCAUAUACUUUGUGCACUGUCUAUAUGCACCACACUAACCUUUAACCCAAGGGGCUCAUCAAACUGCACGUUCUACUCUGGGGACAGUGGCAGGAAUUUGGGAAACAUUAUUUCACUCUGUCCUCACAUCUUAGAAUUGAUAAUUUCAUACCUAUUCACCUAUACAAUGAGCUAUUUGUGUAGAGAGAUACAAGUCAUUUUACAAAGACAGAGAGAGAGGCUUAAAACCUGCGCGCAGAAUUAAACUUUAAUUGUUGAAAACAAAUUCAUCUUGCAGGAACUUGUUUCAAUCAAUAACACCAAAUUUAUCUUGGUAGCUGGAACAAGUUUACUACCUAACAAUGUGGUGGCCCGUUUUGUGCUGUCUAUAACCGACUUGCCAUUGAGUACAAUUCUUUGAACCAGUGAAAUGUGAUUAUUGGUAUAGAUCAGAUCUGUAUGAUUUAGACAGUGUUGAUUCAAGCUGAAUGUUAGAUUACUUGAAACUGAUUAGUUGAGCCUUCCUCUAUAUCCCUUGCAGUAUGAGAGAUGAAGCUGAUUAACCUUUCAACCUAGUAUUGGCUGAUGGGGCUCUGGUACCUUGCAACUUUUAGAUAUGAAAUUCAUAUUUGCUUUCCUUCUAGUCUGUUCUGUGGUAGCCCAGAGAUUUAAAGCCUAAAUGAAGUGCAGUGUUGCAGGUAGCUUAGAUUGUGCUCCUGGUUUGAAUUUCUUUCUGCCCCCGUUGCCAAUUUUGUCCCUUCUGCAAUCCUGUGCCAGGGAAGGAGGAUGGAGAAAGCCUUUAUUCUUGAAGUGGAACAGACUUAUCUUUGCCCUUCACACUUCCCUACCUUAAAUUCCCCAAAUGAAAUGUUUAUUUAAUAAUGCACUUCUAAUCAAACGUUAGUCCACGCUGUGCUUGCCUCAUCCAAUAGGUAAUAUUUAAACACAAACCUGAUACAGUCCAGUGGAGAGGAGUUUCAGUUUCCAUCCUCUGCUCUUCCACUUCCUACUUAAUUGUUAAUGUAAUGCAAUGAACCGCCAACAGCUGUCACUGCUGCGUGUUGUGCUUGUUAAUAUUCAGGCUGAAUUACUAACUGGGCUAAACUGCUUGGGGAAGAUGAACUAAAGUGGGAAAUAUGGGGUUUGAAGCUUAAUUCCUGAGACCUGCUAUAAGAGGAAUGUUGACUCUCUGGUCGAUUCAGUUUGUGCAGGUAGUGUAACCCUUGAUAACUGAUGCGAAAUAAAAGCCAACCAAAAUAACUGACCUAGGCUUGUGACGGGGCCUGUAACUGAUGGUGGGCUACGUUUUGCAGAACAGUGGCUGCUCUUGUGCUGCACCCUGCAGGCAAGUCUAUUUCUGGCAGACAUGUGAUUGCUUUUUCAUGGUUCUCACUGAGUGGAAUGUGCGUAGUUGCUCCUGGUGUUUUUCUAUUAACAUCAAUAUUUUGUGCUCUCUUUUAUGACAUGUACUGGCUAUUAAACUUUUAGUGGAAUAUGUUGGUACCUUUAACACUAUUAAACUUAUCAAUUUGACUGAC